UAGCGAACGCAUGUUUGGAGAGUGCGCAGAUCGUCUCCUCACCCGAGUUCCACCGAACUCGUUUUCAGUAGCAGGGAUUUUAGCCGGCAGGAUUUAAGAAUAGUUCCACUUCCGGGAGCACAGGAAGCAAUUUGAAGAUGGCGUCUUCCUCAGUAAAUGGGUCAGCUACGGCGUCUGGGAAAUCUGAAUUUCGACACCAGAAGCUGAAGCCGGAGAACCGAGAUGAAGCAGAGCUCCUCACUGUUCCUGAUGGUUGGAAGGAACCAGCCUUUUCCAAAGAGGAUAAUCCCAGAGGACUUCUAGAGGAAAGCAGUUUUGCAACUUUGUUUCCAAAAUAUAGGGAGGCUUACUUGAAAGAAUGCUGGCCAUUGGUACAGAAAGCCUUGAAUGAACAUCACAUUAAUGCAACCCUGGACCUGAUCGAGGGCAGCAUGACGGUUUAUACAACAAAGAAGACUUUUGAUCCAUACAUCAUCAUUAGGGCCAGAGACCUAAUAAAACUUUUAGCAAGAAGUGUUUCAUUUGAACAGGCAGUUCGAAUUCUUCAGGAUGAUAUUGCAUGUGACAUCAUUAAAAUAGGUUCUUUAGUACGAAAUAAAGAAAGGUUUGUAAAAAGAAGACAACGGCUUAUUGGUCCAAAAGGAUCUACACUGAAGGCAUUGGAACUCUUAACAAACUGUUACAUUAUGGUUCAGGGAAACACGGUUUCUGCCAUUGGACCUUUUAGUGGCUUAAAAGAGGUUCGAAAAGUAGUCUUAGAUACUAUGAAGAAUAUUCAUCCAAUUUAUAACAUUAAAACCUUAAUGAUUAAGCGAGAGUUGGCAAAAGAUUCUGAGUUAAGAUCACAAAGUUGGGAAAGAUUUUUGCCACAGUUCAAACACAAAAAUGUGAAUAAACGCAAGGAACCAAAGAAAAAAACUGUUAAAAAAGAAUAUACGCCAUUCCCACCACCACAACCAGAAAGUCAGAUUGAUAAAGAAUUGGCUAGUGGUGAAUACUUUUUGAAGGCAAGUCAGAAAAAGCGACAGAAAAUGGAAACAAUAAAGGCUAAGCAAGCAGAAGCUCUCAGUAAGAGACAAGAGGAAAGAAACAAGGCUUUUAUUCCGCCAAAAGAAAAACCAGUUGUGAAACCUAAGAAAGGUUCUACGGAAAUUAAAAUUGAUGUGGCUGCCAUCAAGGAAAAGGUUAAGAAAGCAAAGAAUAAGAAACUGGGAGCACUUACAACUGAAGAAAUUACACUUAAGAUGGAAGCAGAUGAAAAGAAAAAGAAAAAAAAGAAAUUUGGAAACUGAAGCACACAGAUGCUAGAUUACUUACCAAAGAUUGCAGCAAUGUGGCAGCCUGAAAAUAACACUCCGAAAAGUGGAAUGCAAAGAUGGGUUUAUCCUGUAGACUUACGAAGUUUACGAAGUUGAACAGUUUCAUCUCUUGAGUAAGGGCUUACAGCAACAUGUUUUUUUUUUUUUUUUUUCUGAAAUGUUUUAAAAUUAGAAAUAUACCCAAUUGUUAUUGUUAUUAAAAAAGAAAAGCCAAAUACAGAUGAUUUUUUUCUGGAGUGUAUUAUUUCCAAAGAACUAAAUGAGGGUAUUUGUGCUUGACCAAAAUAAUAAUUAUAGCAAUCAGUAUCAGAAUUAAUGGAAUAAUUCUUAAAAAGAGAGAUGCAUAUCUAUUUCGUAAGUAUAUCGGCCAGUCAGGAUACUGAAGAGAGUAGUAACCUAUGAAACAAACAUAAGGUAUCCUCUUAGACAUUGUUUCUUAUAAUGCAGUGACAUAAUUCAUAUAGCUUUUAAUGAAACAAGAUUUGUAUACAUACGUGUGACUUUGUCUCGUUGUGGGUUAACUGUAAAGUCAGGGAGAAGAAACAAAAAAUAAUUUUAAAGAGAGGAUAUGGUGAGAUUUUUGUUUUAUUUACAGAAGCCAAGUCUGUAACUGCUGCUUUGGCUUUGUUGCAGUGAUUGCAAAGGUUAAUUAUGCAUGAUUUUUUAUACUAGCUGUACUAGCUUGAUACUUUAAAAUCAAAUCACUUUAAAUAUAAAAGAAACUGUGUCAGUACUAUAAAUGGAAGAUAAUUUUAUACUCCCUAACUAGAGGAUAAUAAAUACCAUUAAAAUAAACAUGAAAUUAAAAAUGAAAACACUAAAACUUAAAAAUAAAAACAUAUUAGUAAUAAUGUGAGCAAUUAAUUAAAAUGUUUACCAAGAAAUAAGUUUCUCCCUGAAAAGACUGAUACUAUUUAGGAUCAGUGAGUAGUAAAGAGAGGACAGAAUCUCUUUAGUCCAUUCCAGUGUGUAAUUAAAUAUUAAAGGGGCAUAUGACUAUCUUAAAGUCGCAAUUACCCCCUUCCUUUACCUCAGUUUUCAUACAGGUUUUGACAGUCACAAUACUGGGAAGAAAUAAAUUCUAUACCUGUUUUUAACUUUCUUGACGUUUUCUUUUAUUUGCCAGUCCCUUUGCUCCAAACCAGUUCUAUGUCAGCUGCUAUUUAAUGUCUGCGGUGGAACCCAUCAAAGAGCUGGCCCUCUGGGCAUUUGUGAGCAUCCCUGAACAUAAUGCCUGUGAUUGGGCUUUGUCUAUGUUGAAUUACUGUGUAGUUGCUACUCUGACUUUUCUCAGCAAUAAUACCCAUGAAAUCAAGGGUUUGAUGUGCUAGUUAUAUUUUUUCCGGUAUGUAUAUUUUUAAAACAUUAAAUAUUCAACUGUUGAAA